AAGAUAAAAAUGUAUGUAGCCAAAAUAAAAGUUCAGUUGGUUCGGCGUUGGUCAAAAUUCACAAUCGAGAGCUUCCAGUAGAAGCAUCAGAACGAGAAACGGGAAGAAGAUCAAAUCAAUUCAGCGGUGGUUUGUAAUCAUGAAAGAAGAUGAAGAGCUAGAAAUGAAAAAGGAAGCUGCUGCUGACACGUUGUACCAUUAUUCAAAAUUUGUGAUUGCAAGGAUUGGAAGUAGGACUCGAAUGUGUGAUUUGAGGUUACAUUUGAUGAAGGAGAUUUCGGGUAUGCCAACUUCUCUAAAUAGGGAAACCCCACACACUGCAGCAUCUCCUGAGGCAAUGGGUGAGUCAUCAAGCUCAGGAACAGCAAGACUAGAUAAAGCAGACAGUUUUCGGGCACUAUAGGGGAUACUUGAUAGAGGAUGGUGACCAUGUUUUUUGUUUGGGAUUGUGGCAUAGUUUCUCGUUGUUGCUAGAUAGCAGCUUCGUAAUAAUGGUACAAAAGCAGGCACAAAAUGGGCAGAAUUAUGUUUCUAAUUACCAUCUAUGCGAUGUCUCAUAUAAAUUAUAUACCACUGAAGUUCUUAUAUCAUGUUUGAUGUUAGGGUUUAUAAGGCUUGUUUGCUGUAGUUAAAGUUUGUUGUAGGAUUAGUUUGGUUCCCCUAAUGCAUGUGUUUGAUUCAAUUCAAGGUGAAGUUAUUGAAAUUUCAGUUGUGUUUUUUAUGUAGGAUUUUGGAAAUUCCAAUUCAGAUUGUGUGGCUCA